CCAGAUCAGCAGUCUUGCGUCGGGUAGAGCAUCAGAGGAAGCCAGCGAGGCCGGCUGCGCAACCCGGGGACUGUGGAACCUGAAGGAACUCACAGGGGAGCUCGGAGCCAGAGGUGACGGGGACCAGGAGGCGUCCAGCAGCAGGAGACAAGGUCCUAACCAAGGAUUGUUUCAUUUCCCAUCAGUAACAUCCUCCAGCGACUGUCAUCAUGGCAUCUGAGAAAGCUGAAAUGGAUGCGCUGAAAAAGGAGUGCGAUGGUCUCCGUGCUCAGAUUGAGGCGGCGCGGAAGGCCGCGAACGACACCACCAUGACAGCAGCGGCCAGCGGGGUGGCCCCUGUGGGCCGCGUCCAGCUAAAGCUCAGGAAGACACUCAAGGGCCACCUGGCCAAGAUCUAUGCCAUGCACUGGUCAGCAGAUUCAAGGCAAAUGGUCAGUGCAUCACAGGAUGGCAAGCUUCUCGUCUGGGACACCUUCACUGGGAACAAGUUGGUUGCCGUCCCUCUGAAGUCUGCUUGGGUGAUGAGUGUCGCCUUCGCUCCUUCUGGUAACCUGGUGGCCAGCGGUGGUCUGGACAACAUCUGCACGGUCUACAACAUUAAAGCUGCCAGCCCCAAGACCCUCAGGGAGCUGGAUGCACACACAGGCUACCUGUCUUGCUGCCGUUUCCUCAGUGAUAGUGAGAUCCUGACAGCCUCAGGUGACACCACCUGCGUCCUGUGGGACCUGGAGACGGGCAAGCAGAAGAUGGUCUACACCAACCACAUCGGGGACUGCAUGUCGCUGGCCCUCUCCCCUGACAUGAACACCUUCAUCUCAGGAGCCUGCGACUCUCUGGCCAAGCUGUGGGACCUGAGGGAAGGAAACUGCAAGCAGACCUUCUCCGGACACACCAGCGACAUCAACGCCAUUUCUUUCUUCCCCAGUGGAAAUGCCAUCAUCACGGGAUCUGACGACUGCUCCUGCAAGAUGUACGACCUGCGUGCCGACCAGGAGGUGAUGGACUACACGGACACCACCCUUAACGCCGGCGUCACGUCUCUGGCCCUCUCCAACUCCGGACGCCUUAUCUUUGCAGGCUAUGACGACUUUAACUGCCACAUCUGGGACUCGCUGAAGGGAGAGAAAGUCGGUGUGCUCUCCGGCCAUGACAACAGGGUGAGCUGCACCGGCGUCCCGGCUGAUGGAAUGGGCGUCUGCACAGGAUCCUGGGACAGCUUCCUCAAACUGUGGAACUGAGGCAUUUCAGUGGGAGGACCACACUUCGGGAAGAAAGGAGGAGGAGCAGAAACGAGGAGGAAAGAAUUAGGGAAUCGAGGAGAAGAGGAGAUAUUAUGAGAAUAGGGAGGAUGGAUGAAUUAAAAAAAAAGGCCUCCUCUUCCUAUCUUCCUCUCUUCUUCCUCAAUAAUUUAUGCAAAACAUGAGCGGCUGCAAAUGAUGUUUAAAUGGCAUCAGGGAAACAAGGCACAACGCAUCCUGCUGCCAGAAGGGCUUUGUUGUUUUAAAUAACAAAAACACAUUUUUAAAAAUAGCUCAUUAAUCUAAAUGUUACCAGAGCCGGAACAGGAAAGCUCUGACGCAGAACCGCAUAGAGUUGUUUUUUUGACAAUAAAAGGAGAACAAAUGCAUAAGCACUGAAAACAAAGUUAUAGAAUAACAUGUUUUAUUUUUGUUCCUGAGCUCAUUAAGCUGUAAAAAGCCUUGAACUCACAUAGAUGAAAAACUGAUGUAUAAAUUCCUUUACACCCGAUAGUGUAACAACUAGAACGGAGUUGAUGUACAGUGUCUUUUAUUUUAUUAUUUUUUUUCUUCAUUCUAUGAUUCUUUUUCUGUCAGGCUACACAAACUGUGUAAAUAUAUUACAAAAAGUAAUCGUUGCUCCCCUCCUUGGAACAGAGCGGCUUUGAGGCAGGUGUGGAGUUACACUUUGGGGGUUGUGAGGUACCCAGAAGAAGAAGGUUUCAGUCGGGAAGCCGGCUGGUAGACUGAGCUGCCGGGCAGCGCUCUAAAAUGAAAAUAUUCUGUAAAAACACAUACAUUUUAUUUAACCCCCCUCAGCUCAGCUGAAUUCUGUAGUUUGUGUACAACUACACAACUCCAAUGUAAAAAAAAAAGGCAAAAAUGUUUCUUGAAAAUCUUUCUAAUAAAUAGUUCUGCAUUAACGUUA